AUGGAAACAACCUCACCACCAGGCCAUGACGAGGCUAUGGGCAGCGCUCUUCCAUAUGCUGAUAGUCGUCUAGGAAGACUACCCACAGAGCUUCUUCAGUCCGUCAUCGAUCAUUCCUCGCACUUCCGUCUUCCCGGCAUCGCAUGCAUAAGCCCUGAGCUGCGCGCGCUUGUCGAACGACAGCUAUAUCGCGACGUGGUCCUAGGCUGGGGCUUCGCGGGAGAUCUAUGGCCAUUCUACCGGACAAUCCAGUCGCGGCCGGAUCUGUCCAGGAAGACUGAAUAUCUCGUCAUCAAAGUCGUUGAUUGCAUGAUGAGUAUCGAGGUUCCCACGCUUGGUGUUGUACCACAGGGCGCAAUGUUCCCCUCUACCAUCCGAGCAGAAAUAGAAGAAACUCGCAUCGCUUGCGCUCUUAUCUUCUGGCAAAUGACCGAGCUCGAAUUCCUUAGCUUGUCGAUUGUACAUGCCGACGAGGACGACGAUGGCAGGCCCAGGCUCGUUCCCAAGUGUUUGAGCAAACUCAUCUCCCAUUUCGAUAAUCGCACAGCACAUCUCACGACAUUCCCUGGACUACAAAAGCUACAAAGCCUCAAAUUCGAAGGCACUGAGUUCCAUUGGGUACUCGCCAAGUCCCCAGUUCUAGAGGAUAUUGUUCUCACUCGUGCCAGCUACAUCCUGGCCGACGGAGACUCUUCUGCGGAUAAUGCUGCUGUCAAAUCUCUCACAUUCCCGGUACAAUCCGCCGUUCUCAAUCCAGCUUGUAGCCACUACGACGCCUUGUCUCCCUUCCUCGCACACUUCCCUCGCUUGGAAACUCUGCGUAUGCCUUUCAACGAUGCCGACGAAGGAGUAGCCGGACCCCGUUCACACUUCAAUCUCGAUCGCGACGAUCAGGGUAGCUAUACUGUCUUAUUCCAGAAGCUCAUGUCAGUGGCGCCUGUCUUAACAAGGCUGGAACUAGACGCAUCCACUCACUGCAGUGAGGAGGACACCAGCUUUCUAGACCACGUAUUACCCGGAGAUUGCUUCCUUGUUUUCAAGGCGCUCAAGCAUCUUUUGGUACCUUAUCAGUGCCUAUUCGGACGAGGUGAGCCACAAUGGGCGCAUAUCCAGCAACCGGCGGAUGAGAUGCUGCCCCCAACUCUUGAGACCUUGAAGGUCCAUUUUCCAGAGCUGGCAUUCCUUGACUGGCUCACCACCUUGUCUUACUAUCGGAAACAGCUUCCUGUGCUGGAGCAUAUUGGUAUCGCGUGUUCAAGCUGGAUUGGAGGCUCAUAUGUCGACUUUGCGUUUACUUCGUAUCCGCACUCUGCGCUGGACGUGCUUUCCUCGAUGGGUAUUGAGUGGAGUAUCGAUGUUCCACAGUGUUGCUGGAGGCCGACAUGGGACGACUAUGAUCUCCGGGCUUGGGAUGCAGUUGCGUGGAUGGAUAGGACUUUUGGUCCUUCGUAUCGUGGUACGGUGUUUAACCCCACUCCUGGUGACGACUCGGAGCUAGACCCACCGGUAGUCGUUCUCAAAGGGCAAGCAGACAGUGGAAACGCAGUCGAAGUCGAUCCUGAUGCUCAAUACACCCCCGCAGAACUAGCCAUCCUGUGGGAAGCAAGCACUACCGUGCUCUACGAAUGA